CUGGAUUUCUGGAAAGAGGGAAGCAGCCACCCUCCCGGCCGGCAUGCAACGUAACGCUACGUUACGUUACAUUUUGGCCGAUCCCCUUGCUUGCUGGACGGCCAUCAAAUCUCCAGACGCCAGAGACAAUGCAGAUUGCAGAACAUCAACCAAGAAUCCUCACGUCCACGCCUGCGAUCGAAUGAGGGCAAGCUCCCCGCCUCACCAGCUCGGCCACUCGUCCUGCUGCAAAUCUGAUCAGCCCAUAUCAUCAACAGCGUCCUCGGAGCUCCACAUUCGUCUGUUCAAGAUAGCGGUCCCAAGAUAGCACAUAAUCUGAUAACAGUGUAACGCCAGUUGCAACUUCCGACCCUCCAUCCGACGCGCCCAACAGCAGCAUGACUGCUUUUCUCUAGGACCAGCCUAGCCUUCUCUCGUGUUACCCGUGUCCUAGGGUGCUCGCCCCGGCCCUGGUGUUGACAGCUGGUGGCUUAUGUAACCGCUGCCACGUUCUGGUGACACUGUGAUUAUCGCCAAUCUACCAUCUAGCAAGCUCCCGCACGGUAGCAACAGUCGAACCUCACCGUGACAUAUCGCUCCGACGACCGUAUGUCACGAGCUGUAGCAGCGCGUGAGCUUGACGGCUUUCCCGGCUCGAGUUUGUCUUACGUCCAAUUGGCGAGGUCGGCCCUACACACGUUUCCGAUCCCUUAGCCCUUGAUUGACCACUAGCACUCUACUCACUCUAGGUGGCGACUCAAUCGCAAUGUACGGAGUACCAUGGUUCCAGAUUUUUUUUCUUCACUCUUUCGGCGGUUGGCAUCCUGGCCCCUCAUACAGAGAAACGGUUUUGCCAGGUGUUUCUUGACCGUGACGCAACAGUGCUGUGCUAUGUGACGAAAGAAAUCACCACUCUUCUAUUAAGCUUCUCAAGACCCUCUUCGUCUUCUCUUUUCUUCUUCUUUCGCCUCCAUACAAGAUCCUCGCCCUCACACGAACUAGAUCCUCUGCCUUCUCAAAUCAUCAUUUCGGACUUUCCCAGUCGAAACUUUGUGUCAGGCGAACUUCUACCGUGCUUUCGAACGUUCAUACUCCUCCCAGGCACACACCGAACAACGUAGCACUACUACCGAAUCAAAGGCAACGACUAGAAUCAGAAGCGGAGCCGUAAAUCAUGCGCCUUAUUAUUCGCGACGAUCCCGAGACUGCUUCUCACUAUGUAGCCGAAUACAUAAUCGGUACGCCAGUGCCCAUUUCUGUGCCUGUUACCCUUCUUGCCUGAAUUUUCUCACAUACUCUCCAUUCUUCUCUGUUCUCUCCAGCAUCACCGUAAUGCUGUCCUUGCCUUUGAUCGAGACACAUCGCUUUUCGUCCUUUCGAACCAGCAUGAAGAAAACAUCCCAAGGCUAAGUUUGCUCCUUUUCUGGCAGCUCGCAUCAACGCUUUCGAGCCUUCACCCCAGAAGCCAUUCGUGCUCGGUCUACCCACAGGAUCAUCCCCCAUCCAAAUCUACAAGUGCCUCGUGGAGGCGUAUAAAAGUGGCCGUGUUUCAUUCCGCGAUGUCGUCACUUUCAACAUGGACGAGUACGUGGGCAUCCCUCGCGAGCACCCGGAGAGCUACCACACCUUCAUGUACAAGCACUUCUUCUCACACGUUGACGUGCAACCAUGCAACGUGAACCUGCUCGACGGCAACGCGCCCGAUCUCGAGGCGGAGUGCCUGGAGUACGAGGAGAAGAUUGCACGCGCAGGCGGCAUCGAGCUCUUCCUUGGUGGCAUCGGCCCAGACGGACACAUUGCCUUCAACGAGCCGGGCUCCAGCCUCAAGAGUCGCACUCGUGUGAAAACGCUUAACUACGACACCAUUCGGGCCAACUCGCGCUUCUUCGGAAACGACUUGUCCAAGGUACCCAAGAUGGCCCUCACCGUCGGCAUCCAAACUGUACUCGACGCCCGUGAGGUUGUCAUCAUCAUAACCGGCGCCCACAAGGCGCUUGCUCUUCAACGCUGUGUCGAGGAGGGCGUCAAUCACAUGUGGACGCUGUCCAGUCUGCAGCUCCACCAGCAUCCUAUGCUCGUCGUCGAUGAGGCCGCUUGCCUCGAGCUCAAGUAUAAGACCAUCAAGUAUUUCAAGGAAAUCGAGGCGGUCGCCGCCUCGGUCGGCUUCCAGCAGAUUCUGCCCUCCGCCGCCCGCACGCGGGCAAAGCGCAGGAGCAUCCAGGAGAAGCUCGAUAGCCCCGUCGACUCCGUCCUUGGCGAGACAAGCCUCCCGCCCGCGAACAAGUCGACCGCAGAAAACGAGCCCUCCACGACUGGAAUCGCGGCUGGUUCCUCUCUCGGCGUGCCUCAGCCUGUGCUGGACGACCUCAGCGCGAGUCGAAGCCCGAGCCCGAACCUGACGGCGAUGCACGAUCGCUUGGCGCCAGUAAGCAAAGCCCUUGACGGACUGCAGCCGCUGGAGGUGCCGCUCCACAAUAUGAGCUCGAGAGUUGUCAAAACCGUCGGCUGAAAGACGGCCAGCCCCUUUGUGCGGUUGUUUGCUUUUAUCUCUCACGUCUACUUUCUGCUCCAAUUCGAGCGCAACUUGGAUUUUUGUGCUCCUUAGGCUUCUCAAUUGACCUUGAGGGACGGUGUUCAGGGGCGUGAGAAAAAAAAAAAAAAAAAAAAAAAGAACUGUCCUCAUUCAGUUUGGAAUGCUUUUCUGAGCAGGGGUUUCGUGACGCUGGGAAGCUUGUCGUCUUUCUUCAGGGAGACGUGAGGAAGGGUGGAAACGGAUUGUUAAGAACUACGAGUUCAGCAGUUAUAUACCAUUGACGACAAAAUGUAGAAUGUGCUAAGGGCUUUUGUGACUCGACUGAGAUUUUAAAAAAAUGAAUUCCAAUUUUAAGCUUC